AUGAACCCGAUAGGCUCGCCUCAGAAGGGUGCGCCGCAGGUUAUGAAAGUGGAAGAAGGUAUGGCAAGUAUCUCUGUGUCGGCAAGAAUACCCGAGUUUUGGAGAGAGAUGCCUAGACUUUGGUUCGCCCAAUUUGAGGCGACCAUAGCCCCUCAGAAGCAGGGAGACGAGUGCCGUUUCCAGUUGGUUGUAUCGAAAUUAAAUCGCGAGGCGCUUCAGCAGGUAGCUGAUAUCAUUUACAGCCCACCUGAAACAAAUAAAUACCAAGUGUUAAAAGAACGGCUUUUACAAGUUUAUGAGGAGUCACCGGAGCGACAAUUCCAGAGGCUGGUUGGAGAGUUAGAUUUGGGCACUCAAAAACCAUCACAGCUCCUGCGCAGGAUGAAGGAGCUGGCAAGAAACAGCAAGGCUAGCGAUGAGACGGUGAAGAAUCUAUGGAUAACAAGACUGCCGGUACCCGUGAAGACAGUGCUCGCAGCUAGUCAAGACCAACAAGUAGACAACCUAGCCGCCAUCGCAGACAAAGUGAUGGAGAAUAUGCAGCCAAUCACAGGAGAGACGGCAGCGGUAAGCAGCGAGACACCGGAAAGGACGGGCAGUGAGAGGUCGAUCCAGCUCAAGAGGCAGACCGACCAGGGCAGGCUCGCCAAGGCGGAGCCCAGCUAG